CAGUUUUAAUUUGAGAUUCACCUUAUGCUUCUCUAAGAGAGAGUUCUGGGAAAAUGCCUUUUAACCACAUAUUUUAUUGCAUUUUUACGGUGGUUUCUUAAAUUUCUGUACAAGUGCGUUUUAAAUAAGCAUUCAUCACCAAUGCCAAAGGACGUAAGCUCCACUGAGGCUGUGUGAUGAAUUUUUUAUUGUGGUAACGCAGGGAGAAGCAGCGGUGUUUAAUUACCAGGGCCGUGCGCGAGGUGCCCGGGCUGAUGGCUUCCUGCAAGUGCCCGGGUCCAAGCCUCCUCUUAUUAUUCUCCUUAAUUCCUCCUUUGUUUCAGGAGCACGCCGCCAUCCUCACCGCGUUUAUCAGGUGCUCCACAGCUCCGUCCGCACAAUGGCAGCGCCGUCCCCAAAUCGCUGGCUAGCGCACAAAGGAAGCUCGGUGUGAAUCCGACGCGAACAGCCGGGUGGCCGCGGCGCACGUGUGAAUGCGCGGCGGCCUCGGAAAUCAGGAAAGCCAAGCUCUGAAACGAUAAAGAGCAACAGCGAGUGUGAACCAGGGAGUGUCCUAAAAUACACCUAGAAAUGGGGAAGCAGUCGCGAAAUCUAGCAGCCUUUCCUUACACCCAGAUGACGAGGGCGUCAAAUUGAACAUCCAACACUGCAGAAUAUUAUUAUUUUUAUUAUUAUCAUUAUUAUAUUUAUUACAUGUCUGUGUAUAUAUGAUCACUGCUUGGCACUCUGGAUAAUAAACGUUUGUUUAAAGUGGGUGACCCUGCCCUUGCAAUCUGCCUGGUUUUGUUUAAAAUAUGAUAAUUCGAGUCAACAAUUAAAGCUUGAAACCACGGAAAACACCUCACAGUACGACACACUCAGGACGGGGUUUCAGUCUUAAGUGUGUCUCUGGAAUUUUCCGUCGUCGUCGCUGAUUCCGUGCGGCAUUAUCUCGGGCUCUUAUUGACUGUUUACAUGUUUAUCCCUUGAUAGUUUUUCCUCUGAAAGCUGCAAACAGACAGCAGAGAAAAAGGUUGUUUUUCUUUUUUCCUCCGCCCUCAUGUUGCCAGGUGGACAGCUUUGGUGCACUACCACCAAGCCCGUGGUUCCGGGCGACGACAUGGUGGCUUUCGCCGUGGAUCUGGACUCCCAGGUCCGAGCGGUGAGCCAGGUGCCCCCAGCGGAGGGGAUGUACCCGGCGCGCUUGCUGGACUCCAUACAGCUCCUGCCACAGCAGGCCGCCAUGGCGUCAAUCCUGCCCACCGCCGUCGUCAACAAGGACAUCUUCCCUUGCAAGGCGUGCGGCAUCUGGUAUCGGAGCGAGCGGAACCUGCAGGCUCACCUGAUGUACUACUGCAGUGGCCGGCAGAGGGAGGGGGCCGGGGCAGCCGGGGAGGGAGAGGGCAGCCCGCUCCAUGUGGCUAGCAUGGCUAACAUCUGCCCCUUCCCACAAUGCAACAAGAGGUGCUCAGGGACUCAGGCCCUGGAGAUGCACCUGUCCACGCACAGCGGUGUCAAACUGGAUGAGCCUGCCCCGCUUGGCGCCACCCUAAGAUGCACAAUCUGUAGAUACACGGCGGACUCUGCCGUCGCUCUCCAGCACCACAUCCUCUCUCACCUGUCGCAGGCGGCCUUCCGCUGCUCCCACUGCCAUAUCAGCUUCCAGAACCACGGGGAGUUCCUGCAGCAUCAGGACGCGCACCGGCUCGGCGCAGCCAAGCUUCACGGGGGGAGCGAGGGCCAGCACUCCCCCGGCUCCCGCGAGGAGAGCCAGAAGCAGGCGGGCGCCGAGCCGGCGGGCAAACACGACGCCCUCCAGAGUCCCAGGAGCGUACAGAAUGAGGACGCGGGGGCCGGCGCCGAGCUGGAGAGGGCCGAGAAGAAGGCCGCGAUCUCUGCCUCCAAGGGGGAUGCAGGCACAGGCAGCAAGGCCAGCUUUUCCUACACCCGCAUCAAGUCAGAGCCCUCAAGCCCUCGGCUGGCCUCCUCGCCGGUCCAGCCCAACAUGGGGCCCACGUUCCCCAUGGGGCCUUUCCUCUCCCAGUUUGCGUUUUCGCAAGAUCUUUCCAUGGCACCACAGGCCUCGGAGAUCUUGGCAAAGAUGUCGGAGCUGGUGCACCGGAGGUUACGGCAUGGGAGGAACAGCUACCCGCCGAUGGUCUACAGCCCCCUGAUGCCUAAAGGAGCCACGUGCUUCGAGUGCAAUAUCACUUUCAACAAUCUGGACAAUUACCUGGUCCACAAAAAACAUUACUGCAACAGUCGUUGGCAGCAGUUAGCAAAGUCACAUGACCAUUCCAGUGUCCCAGACAAGGUGGUGGAGACACUGAGCCCAAAGCUGGGCUCUGGCCACCAAUCCGAAUCUGACGGCCACCUGAUGCAAUCAGCCUGUCUGAACGCCUCCGUGUUGGACCUGAUCAGUGCCGGCAGCAAAGUGCCUGAAAAGGAAUUCUCAGGGCAACUGAAAAAGGCCUCCACACCCCCCGGGGCUGAAGACAGUCCGAACAGCCAGCAGACAGACUUGAGGAGUCCGAACCCCUCCCUGGUGGAGAACGAAAAUGACCCUUCGAGGACGACGUGCGAGGCCUGUAAGAUCACCUUCAGCCGUCAUGAAACCUACAUGGUCCACAAGCAGUACUACUGUGCCACUCGACACGAGCCGCCCAUGAAGCGGGCUUGCGCAAGCAAGGUGCCACCCGUGCCGAGGACCAUGAGGUCGCGCAAGCGGAGGAAGAUGACUGAGCUCAGCCCCCCCGAUCAAGACUCCAAGCAUCCUGGGGCUCACACGGGUCUGUUGGGACUGCCUGCUUUGGGAAACCCCUGCACCUCCCAAGAGGUGAUAGACAAUCUCGGCGAGCGGUUUUACCCACGAUGCAACAUGUUCCCAGGAAUGGUCCCAAAGCAUCUGGAAGCCUCUCUCACAAAACUGGUUCUUGCAUCCAAGUGCAACACAGUCAACCAACAAGAAACAGACACUCCCAUAGAUCUCAGCAAAAAGUGUCUGGAUAAAGCAGGCAACUCCCCCAAGAGACUCUUAGACUAUCACGAAUGCACAGUGUGUAAGAUUAGUUUUAACAAAGUAGAGAGCUACCUUGCUCACAAGCAGAAUUUCUGCCCCGUCACAUCUGUACAGCCUAAUGACAUUAGUGGGUUGGAUAAGGCGAUGUUUCCAGAUGUGAAAAAUGGAAGCAGUAGUUUUGACAAUAUCUUCAGCAAGAGCCCUGCGAAGUGUGAUAAAAGCACAAGUGGGCGACUGCUCUCCCAAAACGGCAGCUUCUUUCACUCCAAUUUAGGGACCCUGUCGGGGCUCCAGACCCCUGCUGAUCUCCAGCUACUUCCCACUAAAGACGACGGCAAAAACCUAUUCCUGCCCCAUUGCUUCUAUCCCCGAGAAACCAAGAAAGCCAACACACCGGAGAGAAUCUCCCCAUUUUAUGGCGUUAAACCCACUGACUACAUGAACGGGACUCUGGUCGGGGCGGGUGAGCCGAAAGAGCAGAAGCAGAGUCCCAACGAAGGGAGUGAGGGAGGGAAGGAGCAGCUGGCACCCAACGGCUUCGCCCACCCCGGAGAGGAGCCGCUGUCCCUGCAACCCAAGAGUCGAGACACAGCCGCAAGCGUCAACGGCAGCACGAAGCUGGAGGAUGCCGCCUCACCAAAUGAGGUCCAGCCCGACGACUCCCAAGCCGCGGAGAGCCGCUGCUCUCCCACUUGGACGUCCGAGACCCCCACGGACACGGAGAGCUCGCCGCCGAAGACGCGGACGGAGAAGACGUCCCCGAAAGCUCCGAACAGCACGGCGUCGGCUGGCGGUGGAGGAGGGAAGUACUGUCACCUCUGUAACAUUCAGUUCAACAGCCUGUCAAACUUCAUCACGCAUAAGAAGUUCUACUGCUCAUCACGGCCAGCAGAACACGUGAAGUAAAUCAUGCC